CACUCGUUUCAUGAAAUGAUAAAUGAGAUUUUUUUGGAAUUUGCGAAAUUUUUGUUCAAUGGUUUCGAAAGCCACAAUCAGUUAUGAUCCAAUGAUUGUUAUAAUUGGAGCUACAGGAUGUGGAAAAACAAAACUUUCAUUAGAAUUGGCUGAACAUUAUAAAAAUGCUGAAAUCAUAUCGGCUGAUUCAAUGCAGAUUUAUAAAGGUCUAGAUAUUGCUACAAACAAGGCGUUGCCAAAUGAACGAGCACAAGUUCCUCAUCAUCUCAUCGAUCUGAUUGAUCCAUUUCAACAAUUUACAGUUUUAGAUUUUCAAAAGCUUGCCAUGAAAUCUAUUGAUGAAAUUAUAUCAAAAAGAAAAAUUCCUAUUAUCGUCGGCGGAACAAAUUACUAUAUUGAAUCAAUAUUGUGGGAUACAUUGGUCGGAUCGAAACAAGAAAUAAUUUCAGAUAAUGAAUUUAAAAUCGAUACGAUAGAAAGUCAUUCAGAAAUUUUAGAUGACCAAAUUGACACUGUAAAUGACUUGCUACAAAAACAGAAAUUGACCUAUAAAAAUUUACGAUCAAUAUCGGAUGAAAAAUUGCACCGAUUUUUGAUUGAAAUUGAUCCUGAAUCAGCGAAUAUAUUGCAUGUUAAUAAUCGAAGAAAAGUUAUUCGAUGUUUGCAGGUGUAUCAACAAACUGGUCGCCAAAUGAGCCAAAUCCUUAAAGAACAACGAUCUCAAGGUGGAUCCAGACAUGGUGGACCAUUAAGGUUUAAAAAUUCAAUAAUUUUUUGGGUUGAUUGUGACAAACAAGUGCUUGAUGAAAGAUUAGAUGCACGAGUUGAUGAUAUGAUUCAUCAAGGUUUAUUAAAUGAAUUGUCUGAAUUUCAUCAUUGUUAUAAUUCCAAGCGUAUUGAAAGAGAAAAGGCCGAUUACAGUGAAGGAAUAUUUCAGACGAUAGGCCUAAAAGAAUUUCAUCGUUAUUUAGUAAUGAACAAAGAAGAACGUCUUUCAUAUGACGGACAGCUGAAGCUUGGCCAUGGAAUUUUGAUGCUCAAACAACGAACCCGAUCAUACGUGAACAAACAAAUAAAAUGGAUACGACGACGAUUUUUGAUUUCUGAAAAUAUUCGUGAAGUACCAAAUGUUUAUCGUUUGGAUACAACUAAUCUGAAUGAAUGGAAUGAAAAAGUUCGUGAUCACGCCAUUCGGAUUGUUGAUCACUGUUUACGAGCUCAAUCUAAACCACUAGAACGUGAAAAAAUUCAUUCAUUAUUAGAUGAAUUGGCUAUUCGAAGAAUGGCCAGUAACGAUGAUAGUAAUGCCGAUCAAAGCGAAACUUUUAUAUCUGGUCAAUUUUAUUGUGAUUUAUGUCAGGUUCAAAUCAGUGGUGGCAAAUCUUACAAAGAACAUUUACAAUCCAAAAAACAUCGAUAUCAAAUUAAGCAAUCUAGAUUAACAAACUAAAAAUUGUCAUGUUUAUUCAAUUUAUUGGAAAUCUUGAAAUUUAAAUAAAAAAUUUAUUUUUUCUUUUUUCCGCUUGUCAA